UUUAUAACCUGUCUUUAUUCUUAACAGUUUAAACGAACUAACGAAGGCACCGGCAAAAGCAGAAAAGUAUUCUUCUAACAUUUUGAUCAUAAUGGAAGUUGAUUAUGAAUCAGCUAAAUGCAUCAUUGUUCAAGGUGGAGUGUACGCCUACUACAAACAAGAAGCUCCGGUUGAAUAUGAAAAUAAGUUUAAAGAAUCAGUUAUACUUGGAUAUAACGAGUUAAGGAACGGAAGAAGUGCCGUUGACGCUGUAGAAAAAUCCAUUAGUUUUUUGGAGGAAUGUGAGUUAUUCAAUGCAGGGUAUGGAUCUGAGUUGAACGAUGAAAAGAAGGUGGAAUGUGAUGCAAUGAUUAUGGAAGGACACACCUUAAACACAGGUGCAGUAGUCUCCGGUCGACAUUUCAAAAAACCAGUUUCUCUUGCACGAAAAAUUAUGGAAAAUACACCACACUGCGCUCUUAGUGGGGAUGGUGCUUUGAAAUUUGCUGUGAGGGAAGGUUUUCCUUACUUCGAGCCUAAUGAAUUGAUUGGUCCACCAAUCGAGGGAAGAGUUAAUAUGCAAACGUUCUGGGAUACUGAUACUGUAUGCGCUGUUGCAAUCGAUUCAAAGGGCAAAUUGGCUUGUGCCUUGUCAACAGGAGGCAUUCCUGGAAAAAUGAAAGGUCGUGUAAGUGAUGCUUCAUUAGUUGGUUGUGGUGGAUAUGCAAAUGAUAUAGGAGCAGCUGCAACAAAUGGUCAUGGAGAGAAGUUGAUAAAACUGACUUUAGGAAGACAAGUUGUAGUUGAAAUGGAAAAGGGAAAAAGUGCUCAGCAAGCAGCAGAGAGUGCUGUGAAACUACUUGGAGAAAAAAUGAAAGGACAUGGAGGAGUAAUUGCUAUCGACAAACAGGGAAAUAUUGGAAAGGCAUUUAAUACUGAUCUCAUGCUUUGGGCUAGCAUUAAAAACGAUGAAUUGACAAUUGGAUUAAGAGAUACACAAGGAACAACAACUAGGCUUCAGGAAGAAAAUCAUUGAAUUGAUGGAAAACAAUUUAUACUUAUUCACUAAGGUCGAUUUAAAAUAAACACAAAAACACCUGCACAGUUUUCUCAAUAGAUGAGUUUGCAUUAGCCUGUGCAAACCAAUCUGAGCAAAAUCAUUAUAUCAAUCAUAGAAAAUUUGCAAAUCAA